CCGGAACUCUGAGCUGAGGGGGUUUGGUAUAAUCUCGAGUGAGGGAGCAAAAUGACUGGUGCUAUGGAGCAGCCGGGAGGAGCCCCCACUGAGAAAUCUGCUAAAACCUAAAGAGCCUUUGCCUUUGGACGCUUCCUGGAAUUUAGAAAAAAACAGAAGCAUCCACUCUGUGAGACUGUCACAAGCUUGGCGAUAUUUUGCUUGCUAGCCUAGGUGGUUCACUGUUCUGUAGCCUUGCGUCGUCUUGUCGGAUAGCCGAAUGUUGUUUGGGUGAGAGAUCGUAGUUAGUGGAGACCGGACGCGGAGAGUACGCAGGAGGAGUGGGUGCUGUUUUGGGGGAUGAUCUCCGUACUCUCCUAUGGUAGACUCGUUGCCAGGGCAGUCCUGGGCGGACUAGCCCAAACAGAUGGUCGGGACUACAGCCUGGUGACAGCAAGCUGCGGUUUCGGCAAAGACUUUCGUAAGGGGAUUCUGAAGAAAGGGAUGUGUUACGGCGAUGACGCCUGCUUUAUAGCCAAGCACAGAACCGCCGAUGUUUUGGGUGUGGCGGAUGGCGUGGGCGGGUGGCGGGACUACGGGGUUGACCCCUCCCAGUUCUCGCUAACGCUGAUGAGGACGUGCGAGCGGCUGGUGAGGGAGGGCCGCUUCACGCCCUGCAACCCUGUGGGCAUCCUCACCACCAGCUACUACGAGCUGCUGCAGAACAAGGCGCCCCUGCUGGGUAGCAGCACCGCCUGUAUCGUGGUGCUGGACAGGCGCAGCCACCGGCUGCACACGGCUAACCUGGGGGACUCCGGGUUCCUGGUGGUUCGGGGAGGGGAGGUGGUGCACCGGUCAGAUGAGCAGCAGCACUACUUCAACACGCCCUUCCAGCUCUCAAUCCCGCCCCCUGAGGCAGAGGGGGCGGUGCUUAGGGACAGCCCUGAAGCCGCCGACCGCUCCUCCUUCGAUGUCGAGCUGGGUGACAUCAUCUUAACCGCCACAGACGGGCUGUUCGACAACAUGCCCGAUUACAUGAUCCUGCAGGAACUUAAAAAGCUCAAGAAUUCCAACUACGAGAGCAUCCAGCAGACGGCCCGCAGCAUCGCGGAGCAGGCCCACGAGCUGGCCUACGACCCAAACUACAUGUCGCCUUUUGCCCAGUUCGCCUGCGACAACGGCCUCAACGUACGCGGGGGGAAGCCUGAUGACAUCACCGUCCUGUUGUCGAUAGUAGCAGAGUACACAGACUGAGUCUCCCUGGGGGGCGUGGCCUCCCUGGGGGGGCGUGGCGUACUGUCUUCCGCCUGUACUCCACUCUUACGGAAACCGUUUCUUUCUGCUGUCGAGACCCCGCCCAGCCCUCUGCAGCUCACCCCCCCGCCCCGUAGGGCAGCCGUCAUUUACGCCCAGUCUGAAUGGAAAGGUGGACGGCGGUGUGCGUUUGGUGUGUGGCGCCGCCCUGGUGGCCACAUGCAGUCGUGAGAGAUCGGCACCCUCUGGUAAGGGUGGCCUGACCUGCUCCCGUAAUCACUGCUAAUUAUAAAAUGCCAUGACUUAUGUAAAGGGGCCCCAUUCUGUGUGUGUGUGUGUGUGGGGGGGGGCUGGGGUGGGCUCCCAUAACCCCAGGCAGUGUUUCAGGAGUGAACAGGAUGGGGGGGGGUGGGGGGUAGGGGAACUGGUAUUUGAUACAGUAUAGCUGUCCAAAGGUGUUGAUGUCCAUGUCUGAGAGGUGAAUGUGUGUGGGGUUUUUAAUUAUUUUUUUAUUAUUUAAUUUUUUUGUUUUUUUUGAGGGGUGGUGUCCACAGGCUAGUAACUGUGAAAGAGGGAUUAUGGGAUAGCUCUGCAAGGUACAGUUAGAGGGCUGUACUGUGUGUGUGUGUGUGUGUGUGUGUGUGUGUGUGUGUGUGUGUGUGUGUGUUUGCGCCUGUUUUUUUGUUUUUAUCUGGGGGAGGGGUGUGAUCCAGCCAUUGCAGUGUGAGGGGAUUGGAGCAGGGGGUGCAGUCACUCUGCCCCUAAAAUUCAGAAACCCCCAACAAGCAAAA